CGAGUUCAAUUACUAUUUCUCAUACACUAAGACAAGAUGCGCCCUCUUACAGAACCAGAGACGAAGACACUCUUCCAAAAACUUGCUGCUUAUACUGGACCUUCUCUCACCCAUCUCAUCGACCCACCCGCAACAUCCACAAACGCCAAACCAGAUCGUCAUGUCUUUCGCAUACAAGGUUCGCGAGUAUAUUAUGUCCGAGAAUCAUUAGCCAAUCUUGCUGUAUCUGUAGCGAGAGAUAAUUUAUUGUCCCUAGGCACCUGUCUAGGCAAGUUCACCAAAAGUGGGAAAUUUAGGCUGCACAUAACGGCUCUGGAUAUAAUUGCACCGCACGCUAGGUUCAAGGUGUGGAUUAAACCAAAUGGAGAGAUGCCGUUUUUGUACGGGGGACAUGUAGUCAAGGCACAUGUUGGGAGAUGGAGUGAGGACUGCCCUGAGCAUCAGGGGGUGGUUGUUCUGAGUAUGAAUGAUACACCUUUGGGCUUUGGCGUCACUGCGAGAUCAACAGCAGAAGCGCGUAGGCUUGACCCAACGGGCAUCACAGUGUUCAGACAAGCGGAUGUUGGCGAGUACUUAAGGGAAGAGGAUACUCUUUUCACGACGACAUGAGAGUUGCGGCACGGACAGAUCAUCGAGGCAAUUUCAGGACUGCUGUCUAGGCCGCAAGGCUGCUCUAAAUGAUUGGCAGACCUUCUUUUCUACCUAAACUCGUACUCGUCAACCGAUCCGCAUAUCUAAUUGUGCUCGUCAAUUCAGUACGAUUAUGUAUGCAACGAGAGGGAGGGUAAAAUAUGUGAAAUUGGGUCAAAAAGAUAUAUUCCUGCAUGAAGAUCAGCAGACGAAAGACAUGACUACACUUCAGAGCAUGUUCCGCAUUCAGCGAGAAGCCAUCCUAAUAUUGAUGGAUGACUGUACAUGGAGGACGAAAGGCUCUGAUUUCAUCACGAGAAAUCAGGUUGAUUGUUAACACACCUGGCGUUUGCGAAUCGAGAAAUCGAAAAAUUGAUAGUCCUUGUUCACUUGAAAGAUGACAUUAUUCGUGAAGAGGGUUGAGCAUCCCGUUGCACGUGUGAUUCUACCUGUGGCAUAUGAAUCACACGAUGUGCAUACAAUUGCAUUACGCAUGGGCUUUGCAUUUCAUGCGUCACACUCUAUGACUAAGGAUAUUGUUUAGCUUUUUUUUGUGAAGCAUCUUUGCAUCAAUGAUACUUCUUGAAGUGACAAUGAGCU